ACUACGAGUUACGACAGAUUUUUAAUUUAUCCCUAAAACUUACUUUGAAUGUUUUCAGUUGUCGCGCAUUUCCAUUUUCUUGUUGCUCUUCAAGUUAAAAUAUUUAAAAAUACAUUUUAUAUUUAUUAAUAUAUUUUAUUCUAUUAACAGCUAUAAUGGGUUUUGAAAUGAAUCGGUUUGUCGGUGAAGUGGAUGAAGAACUCCUUUGUCCAAUAUGCACUGGAGUGUUACAAGACCCAGUUCAAGCUCCAGCUUGUGAACACGCAUUUUGUAAAGGUUGUAUUCUUGAAUGGCUCCUUAGGCAGUCAACAUGUCCUGUAGACAGACUUUCAGUUAACGUUCUUCAAUUAAGACCAGUACCACGAAUUUUAAAAAACUUAUUAAACAGACUUUAUAUUAUUUGUGAAAAUUCGAAUUAUGGAUGCCAGAAUGUAGUCAAAUUGGAUACAUUGGAGUCACAUUUAUCAGAAUGUGAAUAUAAUCCUAAAAGACCAUUUCCUUGUGAACAAGGAUGCGGUUUAAUUAUACCAAAAGAUGAACAUAAGGAUCACAACUGUGUUAAAGAAUUACGAGACUUAGUACAGAAGCAACAACAAAAAAUUAACGAUAUGCAACAAGACAUGGCCAAUUAUAAAUAUGAUAUCAGUGGAAUUAAAGAUGAAAUGCGAGUUUUAAAGGGUUAUGUUAGAGCAUUACGCGUUUGCAAUCCAAGUGUAAGAGCAGUAGCUGAUGAGCUGGAGAGAGAUGAAAUUGAACGUUGGUCAAAUUCCUUACCAAGAGCAAGAGUUACACGUUGGGGUGGAAUGAUAUCUACACCUGAUGAAUACCUUCAAAACACCAUUAAGCAAGCGUUGAUUGAAAGUGGGUGUCCAUCUCAUAUUUUGGAAGAUCUCGUUAAGAAUUGUCAUGAACGUAACUGGCCUUCUGGUCUAUCUUCACUGGAAACACGUCAGCACAAUAGGAGACAUUAUGACGAUUAUAAUUGUAAACGUAUUCCAGGAAAACAAGCUGUAAUUGUGUUACCUUGUGAUAAUACAAUGGUCACUGAUGACAUGAUGGCUGAGCCAGGACUUAUAAUGAUUUUUGCUCAUGGAAUUGAAUGAAUUCUAACUUCAAUACAAGUGAUAUAUCAACGAUGAAACUUGAUGAUAUUAUGAAUAUUCCAAAUCAAGAUUUUAGUAUUAUUCAGCCACCUCCAUUUAAGAAUAAAAAACUGUGCGGAAGAGGUUUUCAGCUUGACCAAAGGAAUAAAUGCCGUCAAGUAUUUACAUAGUUGUUAAAUUACAUAUUCACAAGAAUGUUAGUUUUAAUCAUUUUCAUGUAAACUACUAUUUUUUUUUUUUUAAUAUACUAACUUGUAAGCUGAUUAACUAUAAUUAAGUUAUUUAUGUAUGUGGAUACAGUUUAAUUUCAUACAAAUAUUGUUAUUUUAUGAAUAGAAUAUUGCAUAACCAAAAUACUUAUUUUCUAUUAUGUAUGGUUUUGGAAAUGUAUGCAUUUUUGUAUAAAGUUUAUAUAAAUUGUAAUUUGUUGGUCAAAAAUCAAAUUUAAUAUUACAAUUAUCCUAAAAUGUAUAAAUUUGUAAUACAUGUAUAUAAUUUGUUAUUUUAGUAAUUUAUGCAUUUGCCCCAUUUUAUAGAUAAACUAUUCUGUGGUACGUACUAUUAUAUGAAGAGGUCUGGUCAUAAAGGUAUACACUGUGUAUACCACUCAUCAGUCGCCUCCCACUUUCUUAUGUAUGGGUGCACUAGACAAAUUGUACCCGCUGUUAAGACUACACCUCGAUUAUUUGAUCAACAUAAUACAAUAAAAUUUGUAUCUUGUAAAUUACUUAUUACAUUGAACAAUUAAACAAUUGAAAUGUUGUUAUCGAACAAUUGUUGUCAUUGAACAAUA